GGUUUUGACUUGGCUUUUGUCUGUUUCUAGCCAAAGCUUGGGCAUGCAAAGAGUUUAGUUCGAAUUGAAAUUCGCAUCUAAGCGGUUGUAGCGACUCGGAAAACGGUUUCAAAAUUAAAAAAAAAAUUGAGAAUAAGAAAAAACCAAAGUAAAGAAAUAGAAAUAUUCUCAAAGAUUUUGAAUACAAAAAAAAAUUCUAGUGUGAAGCAAAAAAAAAGUUGAAACAAAAAACGAUACAACAAAAAAGUGCUUAUACGAAAUAAAAAUAAAAUAUUGAAAAAAAAAACAAUAACAAAACUGUUAUGCCAAUAAAAACAAACGAACGGGAAUGAAAAGCAAUAUAAAUUACUCUCAACACAAAUAUUUAUUGCCAAAAGAGGCUGUUAAUUGAAAACUUCAGAAAAAAAAAGUGAACAAGAAAAAAACUUGCAACGAAGACAAUUGUGAAGGAUAACAACGACCAGCAAAAUGCGUAACAAGGGUAUUUCCCUAAUAUUCCUGUUUAUCGCUGUACUCAGCGGUGGAGGUCGCAAGUUUUGUCACUCCUUAGAUGCCGCCACUAGUCCUGCAGCCACCUGUACACUCAAGGAUAACUGUGACAUUCAGGACAAUCUCUUGGGUGGGGAGAAGAAGGUGGGUGAUGCCAAACAUUUGGAAGGCAAAAUUGCCUCUGUAUUUGAGGAUAAAGUCAAUCUGAGCAUGCAAUUGUUUGCGGACGACGCGAUAUUGGAGUACAAUACCCUAGAGGGAAAUUUGAGUGGCACCACAAUAGCCAAUAUCACUUUGACACAAAUUGGAAAGGAUAUCAAAAGAGUUGGUGAUCGCAGUGUAGAAGCCAGCGAUGCGGAUGACGUUAUUGAAAGUGAAAUGGAAUAUCUUUAUAACAUUGGACAGAAAUUUAUUUCCAUUGCCAAUCCCUUUGAUGCCUCACGUAAUCCAGAUGCUUCGGAAAAGUGCCGUCUCCACACAAGACUAUUUCUACAGGGAUUGGAUAAUUUCGAUUUUUGGGCUUUGAAAAUGCACGAUUCCACGGGCAAAUUAAAUCAUGGCAUCCUGAAUGGUAACAUAAAUCAAAUUGGCGAUUUCGAUCAAUGUCUGGGAGUGAUGAAUAAACUGAAUGCAGCUGGAGAUGGUGCACUUGGGGAUAUUGAUGAAAUCAAGGGACAAUAUUGUCUUGCUUAUGCUCAACCAGAAUUGCCACACAAAUCGAAACGUUUGCAAACAUUUUUCAAUCUCCUGCAAUCGCAUGGACCAUUUCGUAGUGAAUUCGAUGAUCCUGGACAUCGUGUACCUCGUUUCUCGCUCAUUAAUUGGGGUAUUUGCGUUCCCUCAUCAUGUUCCCACAAAGAUGUCGAAUACAGCGUCAAGGAAUUCCUAAAUAACUUAACCUUAUCAACUGGAGUGUCAUUUAAAGUGCGGGUGGAACCAAGAAUGUGUCAAGUCAAAGAGAAUAAGCCAUGGGAUAAUGGCACCACAUGGGCUGUGCGUUUCUUCACGAUUAUUCUGUCAAUAACGAUAUUAUCAACGAUAUAUCAUGUUUGCACGAAAAACCAAAAGCCAAGCGAAUGGCUGACUGCUUUCUCUUUACAAAAGAAUUUGACAUGGCUCUUUAGCACUUCUUCUUCGUCCGAUGACAUAGAAGCCGUUCAUGGUUUACGUUUUAUGAAUGCCGUCAUGUUGCUGAUAUCGCAUAAAUCAAUGGCUUUAUUCUUCAAUGCGUACGACAAUCGUACUGAAAUGGCUCAGCAAUUGGGACAACCCUGGACUGUUGUGGGACGUGCAGCUUCUUUGUAUACCGAUCCCUUUUUAUUGUUCAGUGGCAUGUUAACUGCUUAUUCUUUCUUUGGCCGUUUAAACAAGGGACAACCUAUUAAACUGAAGAAUGAAUACCUCAGUCGUUUAAUACGCAUCGUCCCUCCUCUAGCCGCUCUGAUUCUUUUCUGUACCUUCAUCUUGCCUAUGAUGGGAUCGGGACCCCAAUGGAACCUGGUAGUUGGACAUCAUGCUGAUAUUUGCAAACAGAAUUGGUGGCGUAAUCUUCUAUUCAUUCACAACUACUUUGGCUUUGGCAAUAUGUGCCUCACCCAUACGCAUCACUUGGGCAUUGAUACGCAACUCUUUACUGUGGCUCCUUUGAUGAUUUUCACUCUGUGGAAGUGGCCACGUAGAGGAGCAAUGGCCCUUAUGGCCUUGGCCCUCAUUGCCACAAUUGGUCGUUACUAUGUUACAGUGUUGUAUGAGUUAUCAAAUUAUAUAUACUUUGGAACAAACAUUAAACGCUUGUUCCGCACUGCUGAUCGUAUGUACUCAUUCCCUCCACUGCGUUCAACCGUCUAUAUAAUGGGCAUUUUCCUGGGCUAUGGUUUACGCAAAUUCCGUGGCAUACGAUUGUCAAGAAGUCAACUUCGUUGGGGCUGGUUUGUGGCCAUCGCUUGCCUAUUGAUUUCGCUUGUGGGCCCAGCUCCUAUGGGCGCUAUGAGUUACACCUAUAAUAGUACACACUCGGCUAUCUAUGCCGCAUUUAUACCCAUCACCUGGUGUAUAUUCUUCUGUUGGGUGGUGUUUGUUUCACACAACGGCUAUACAAACUUCAUAACAAAACUGAGUUCUUGGCAUGGUUUCCAGGUGACCACAAAACUAUCAUAUGCCAUAUAUUUGACACAAUUCCCUGCAUACUUCUUCAAUGUCGGACGUCGUCGUCAUGUGCAUCACUAUUAUAACUUCGUUUCAAUGAUGAUCGAUACCAAUGAGUUCAUAUGCAUAUUUUUGGCCUCGGUGACAUUGACUGUCCUUUUUGAUGCUCCCUUCCAAAAUAUACGAAAAAUAAUUAUGAAACGUCCAACCAAAGCGACCUCAGAAAAUGCCAUCACAAACUCCUCCUCCACAACCAAAAGCAACCAAAGUGAUGUUAGCGAAGCUUCUACACCCUCCCCGUCUUCAUCAUCCUCGUCUUCGUCAACAAUAGAUAAAUCAUCGCAGCAUCUGCACUCCGACUAAGGGCAACAGAGAAUGAUGUGAUCUCCCUUUCAUCUUCAUUCUGCAUAGGGGGGUGGGUCAGUUACAUCCAUUCUAAAUUCACAUGUCUACGGGCAUGUGAUUUGUGUAUUUAAUAGUUUAGUCUAGUUGUAGUCUUAUUUAAUUCGAUUAUAUAUAUAUAACGUUAAAACUUUUCUUCAUCUAAGCGCAUUUUUUCAUGUAAGUCCUAAAUUAAUUUUUUACAUUAAACGACUUUAUUCCUGUACAUACAUACAUACAUACACGCACCUGCAUUCAUGUGUAGUAUUAUUUUUUAAUUUGUAUUCAUUCGAAACUAAAGAGUUUUAUUUAGUCAUUUGUUUGUCAAUUAAGCC